CUUGCCAGCGUUCACACCCAGAGUCCCUCGAGGAAGACACUUCAGGGCGAGUGUGAGGAGAGCAAGAUGAGAGCAUUGUGGACGUGUUUGUGUGUGGGCGUGUUGACAGCCACAAGCGCCACCAAGUUGCACAACUUGCAAAGGGAGGCACCGAUAGAUGGGAAACUAGCCAUGGAUGACUAUCCCCUGCAGGAGGACGACCUACUGGAUAAGCAUCAGCUUCUCUUACAAAGGGAAGACGAAGAACUGGCUCAGCAAAAUCUGGAUGAUUCUUUUCUCAACCUGAACAGACAAGAGGCGGAUAAUACCUCCAGACACAAGCCAGUGAACUCAGCUGGGCGGCCUAGGGACUGUGCUGACCACUUGAUUGGGGGAUCCACCACCAGCGGAAUAUACGAGAUCUACCCCUUCACGUGCACAUGCAACGGGCCCGUGCGGGUAUGGUGUGACAUGGAGACAGAUGGAGGUGGUUGGACUGUGUUCUUGAAGCGUCAGAACCAAUCUAGACAAGUGAACUUCAACCGCACGUGGGCUGAGUACAAGGAUGGCUUCGGUGACCCCAGUAGGGAAUAUUGGCUAGGUAACGAAGCUCUGUACAAACUGAUCGCCAGCCGAGAGUACGCAAUUCGUCUGGACCUCGAAUACAAGACUGGGAUUUCUCAAUACUACACUUACUCCAUUGUCAAAGUUGCCAACGAAGCAAACAGAUACAGGGCGAGUGUCCAGGGGCCCGUGUCUGGGACAGCGUCCAGCAACUGCUUCAGUCUUAACAGCGUCUUCACUACUUACGACAAUUAUGGCGACAUUAACACUGGAAACUGUGCAGCAGUUAGAGGUGGCGGCUGGUGGCACAACAGCGGCUGCCGCUACGGUAACCCAACGUCACCCUACAACCAGGGCCUCAACUACACAUGCUAUUCCACCACCUCCGUGGUCACCAAGGUGCAGGUGAAGAUCAGACCCACCGUCUGCGACAAUGCUUUCAAAACUGUCUACCUCAACUCCAAGAACUGUGGCGGCUGUCACAAUAAUAAUGAUGAUUCACGAGAGUUGUUGUGAUGCACGAGCCACACUGUGACAUAGUGAAUUACAUUUUGAUGUACGACACUAGCAACAAUAUGACAUAAUUGCAACUAUGAAUGACAGUGUAACGCAUAACCAAGACCAACAAUGUGACGCGUAACCAGAAGCGACAGUGAGACACAGUUACCAAUAUGCACGACGGUCUGCUACUCGAUCAUGGUUAAUAGUGUGACACACUGCCACAAGACAGUGUGACGCAUCACGCACGACCACAAGCAACAGUGAGAUGCACCACCACGAGCACCAAUGUGACGCACCAUCACGAGCAACAACGCGACGCACCACCACGAGCAAUAAUGUGACGCAGAAUGGCAACCACAAGCCAUAGUGUGGCAUACGACCACAAGAUAAAGUGUGAGGCACGAGUGUAAGAGUUUGAGGCACAAGUGUGAGGCACAAGUAUGAUAGUGUGAGGCACAAGUAUGAGAGUGUGAGGCACAAACACCAGUACCACCGUACCGUAUUCUACUUGUCUCAUUCUGUGAUAACUCACAAGUAGCAAACAUCUAAACAACUACUUCGGUGCAAACCAAAAAUGCGUAAAAAAAUUUUAACUCGUGAAAGAGUCAAUUAGAACAAGAAAUAUAACCUGCCAGACACCACACAACCCGCGGCUGACUUUGGUAGAAAAAUAAAAAACUUUCUUACUAUUAUUUAUACAAUAAAUAUAUAUUAAAUUUACUGUAGUUGUAUGUCUGAUUUUAGUGUUUUACUAAAUACAAUUUAUUGCAUCAU